CAUAACUAACUACUUACACACACAGAUACACAUGGGUGCGUGUGUGUGAGAAACUGAGCCGAGGAUUACAGACUGAUCAUUCAGUCAUCCAUACUCCUCUUGUCCGUUGCUUAAUUUCCGGUCAUUUUCAAAUGGAGGCGCCGCUGCUUGAGCGGCGGAGCACCGUCGAGCUGAUCGGCGAUGACGGAGACUACCUUCCGGUGAGACGGACGGGGGAAUGGCGGAGAGUUAUCUGCAUAGAAACGGUGAAGUUAUGGAGGAUAGCCGGACCCAUUGCAUUCCAAAUCCUCUGUCAGUUCGGGACCAACUCCGUCACCGCCAUAUUCGUCGGACAUCUAGGAGAUAUUGAGCUCUCCGCUUUUUCGAUUGCUGUAUCCGUCAUCGGAACAUUCUCUUUCGGCUUCAUGCUUGGCAUGGGGAGUGCCCUUGAAACGCUGUGCGGCCAGGCAUUUGGUGCGGGUCAAGUUCACAUGCUGGGCAUCUAUAUGCAACGCUCAAUCCUAAUCCUAUCGGCCACUUGUGUCCUCCUUUUGCCGCUCUACGUAUUUGCCACACCUGUCUUGAAGCUUCUCGGCCAAGAGGACGAUAUUGCAACGCCAGCUGGGUUAUACACACUACUAAUUGUUCCUCAACUUUUUUCCUUUGCUGUCAUAUUUCCCACCCAGAAGUUUCUACAAGCCCAGUGCAAAGUCUCUGUUCUUGCAUGGAUAGCCUUUCUUUCUCUGAUUUUUCAAGUUAUUCUGUGUUGGUUAUUUGUUGCUGUGCUCGGUUUGGGCGCCAUCGGUGCAGCCUUGGCACUUGAUAUAACAAGCUGGGGUGCAGCCGUAGCACAGUUUAUUUACGUCGUGGGAUGGUGCAAGGAUGGUUGGAAGGGGUUCUCUUGGUCUGCAUUCAAAGAGAUAUGGGCGUUUGUUAGGCUGUCACUCGCAUCUGCUGUGAUGCUGUGCCUGGAAAUUUGGUAUAUGAUGAGCAUUAUUGUUCUGACUGGCCAUCUCAACCAUGCUGUCACUGCAGUUGGUUCCCUUUCUAUUUGCAUGAAUAUCAAUGGGUGGGAAUCCAUGAUUUUCAUUGGAAUCAAUGCUGCCAUAAGUGUUCGAGUCUCAAACGAGCUUGGAUUGGGACAUCCAAGAGCCACCAAAUACUCUGUCUAUGUUACAGUCUUCCAGUCACUCCUGAUUGGAAUUCUCUGCAUGAUUAUUGUCCUCGCCACUAGAAACCAUUUCAGCAUAAUUUUUACUGAUAGCAAAGAUAUGCAACAAGCGGUUGCCCACCUUUCAGGCCUUCUUGGGAUCACAAUGGUUCUCAACAGCGUCCAGCCAGUAAUAUCAGGUGUUGCAGUCGGAGGUGGAUGGCAAGCUCUAGUGGCUUACAUUAACUUGGGUUGUUACUACAUUUUUGGUCUUCCUCUGGGAUAUAUUCUUGGUUAUGUGGCUAAUCUUGGAGUGGUGGGACUUUGGGGAGGAAUGAUUGCUGGAACGGCUCUACAGACCUUGCUGCUUUUGCUCGUUCUUUAUAAAACCAACUGGAAAGCAGAGGUGGAGCAGACCACAGAACGGAUGCGAAAGUGGGGAGGGCAAGACAUUGCAAGUGAAAAGCCAGCUAAUGGACAUCUCCCUAUCACCAAUGGAAGGCAUUAGGGGAGGUGAUGUUUCCAGCAAUGAAAUUCAACAUUUAGCAUCAUCAUUUUCGUUGUAUUUGCUUGUGAUCAUAUGUUUCUUUGCUUUUCGCUAACGUCAAGAGCUUGGACCGGCUAUCUGCAUGUAUUUUUAGUGUCCCAUUACUUGCAAAUUUUCAGCUUAAUUAAGUGAGGAAAGCCUCGGAUUUUUUCU